AUGCUGCCUCUUGAUGAGGCUGAGAAUGAAGAUGACAUAGCGGCGGAGGAAGGGUUUGUCCCCGAUAUAGACGACCUAGAGGAGAUGGCUGAGGAUGACGAUGGCAUUGAUCUUUUCGCAGACAACUUCGAAAGAGAUUAUGCCAAUCGUCCCGAUGAUGGCUAUGCGGGGGUCGAUAUCGAUGACGCAGAUCAAGAGGAACUAGACCCGGCAGCAAGACGACAACUUGAGGCACGGCUCAAUAAACGAGACCGUGAAAUAGCUCGGAGGAGAAAAAUGCCGGCUGCUUUUCUACAAGAAGACGACUUUGAUGGUGUUCCCGAUCUAUCGCUACAGACACGCAGACACAGACGCAAUUAUGACGAGGAGAGCCAGGACGCUGAUAUGGAUGACCCAGAAGCUGACCUAACUCUGGAAGAUAUGGCCGACAUCAAAGCCGAUAAUCUUACGGAAUGGGUAGCGACUCCAGCUAUUCAUAGGGCAAUCUACCGAGAAUUCAAAUCCUUUAUAACGGAGUUCACAGACAAGGACGGCAUUUCAGUCUAUGGUACUCUUGUGAAGAAUCUCGGAGAAGAGAACUCAGAGUCUCUUGAAGUCGCAUAUCCUCACCUUAGCGAGUCAAAAUCGAUCAUCGCAUACUUCCUGGCGAAUGCUCCAGCCGAAGUGCUCAAAAUUUUCGACCAAGUGGCUAUGGAAGCUACAUUGCUGCACUACAGAGACUAUCAUCGCAUCCAUAGCGAAAUCCAUGUGCGAAUCACUAACCUACCCGUGAAAUACACCCUACGACAACUUCGGCAAAGCCAUCUCAACUGCCUUAUCUGUGUUAGCGGUGUGGUUACAAGACGAACUGGUGUUUUCCCACAACUGAAAUACAUUAUGUUCAACUGCAGCAAAUGCGGCAUCACCCUUGGGCCUUUUGAGCAAGAGUCAAGUAGUGAGCUGAAAAUCUCGUUUUGUCAAAACUGCCAAAGCCGUGGGCCCUUCACAUUGAACUCUGAGAGAACUGAAUAUCGUAACUUCCAGAAAUUAACACUUCAAGAAUCUCCGGGGACUGUACCUGCUGGUAGACUCCCGCGCCAUCGCGAUGUUAUUCUUUUGGCGGAUUUGAUUGAUUCUGCCAAACCCGGUGAUGAGGUUGAAAUCACCGGUAUUUACCGCAACCAAUACGAUCUUCCAAUGAGUCAAAGAAGUGGAUUACCAGUCUUCAGCACAAUUAUCGAGGCUAACCACAUUGUCAAAUCUCAUGACCAACUGGCUGGAUUUCAGUUGACUGAGGAAGAUGAACAUCAAAUCCAAGCCUUAUCUAAGGACCCUAAUAUCGUUGAGAAGAUCAUUGCCUCAAUUUGCCCAAGUAUCUAUGGCCAUGAGGACGUCAAGACUGCGGUCGCUCUUUCCCUGUUCGGUGGCGUCAGCAAAGUGGCUCAGGGGAAAAUGAACAUUCGUGGAGAUAUCAACGUACUAUUGCUUGGUGACCCAGGUACCGCCAAAUCGCAAGCUCUAAAAUACAUAGAAAAAACUGCCCAUCGUGCAGUCUUUGCUACUGGGCAGGGAGCUAGUGCAGUCGGUUUGACUGCAAAUGUGCGUCGUGACCCAAUGACCAGUGAAUGGACCCUUGAAGGCGGUGCUCUAGUGUUGGCUGAUAGAGGUACCUGCUUAAUCGACGAAUUUGACAAGAUGAAUGACCAAGAUCGCACCUCUAUUCAUGAAGCAAUGGAGCAGCAGACGAUAUCUAUAUCAAAGGGCGGUAUCGUUACCACACUCCAGGCCCGGUGCUCAAUUGUUGCAGCUGCAAACCCUAUUGGGGGCCGCUAUAGGGGUACGCUUCCUUUUUCUCAAAACGUCGAACUCACUGAGCCUAUUCUUUCUCGUUUCGAUAUCCUCUGUGUCGUUAGAGACAUGGUCAAUCCAGACGUGGAUGAAGGCUUGGCUUCAUUUGUGAUGAAUUCGCAUUACCGCUCGAACCCAGUUAAAGAUGCACAAGGGAACCCGGAAGAAGAUGUGUCAGAAGACUCUCCUGAAUCCAGGUUUAAGGCACAGAGAGAGGAUGCCAUCCCGCAAGAACUUUUGCGCAAGUACAUUGUCUACGCACGGGAGAAAUGUCAUCCAAAAUUAUAUCAAAUAGAUGAAGGCAAAGUCGCUGAGGUCUUUGCGGAUUUGAGACGAGAAAGCCUGGCCACUGGUGCAUAUCCUAUAACG